CUUAGAGACCACCCAAAGACCACGUUGCGAUUUCCCGACGCCCAUCCUUUAGCGAGCUCUGCUGCUUGCCAUCGACUUCUAUUGCCAGCUGUUAGGAGGACAAUUCCUGUUGCCUGAGUGCGCUGGCGAUGUUGCAUUCCCGGGUCGUCGUCGCCGGCGCGAGGGCAAUGCGGAUGGGGGUUGCGCCGCAGCUUAUGGGGCUGCGGAGGGGAGGGGGAGUAGGCGGAAAGAGGGGAUACGUGGACUAUCAGCCCCCGAAUAAACCGGAGGGGAAGAGUCAGACGGAGAGGAAUGCGCAUCGCGCUUUCUAUUCCACCUUCGGCUCACCGAUCCUAAAAACCUUUCUCGGCGCGCUGUUCACGUAUCAAUUGAUAUACUGGGGCUGGAUGAAGCUGGAGAGCUUGGAUAUCAAGGACGAGAAGAAUGAAGAAAUAUCGAAACUCGAGGAUGAGCUAAGGGCAUUGACGGAAAAGAAGCCAGCAGAGAAGGCAUAGGCGAUGUGGCUUGGCUGUGUUGUUGAUCAGUUCUGAACAGUUGCCCACGUUGGAAAGAAGCGGAUCCGGUUUCAAUAUGGACCGAACCUUUCCAAGGCGCUCAAACGGAUGACCAUAAUUGGUCGCUGAUGUAGCUGGGGAUUCUUUGCCCUGACGCCCGUCACAGUACGGAUAUCGUCCGCCGGGACGACUACGAUAUCUAUCGUAGCGCGAGCAAAUGCGCAUAGAAGACGGCUCACGCAACUGCGAGAUUCCCUACCGACCGCGCCUGUCAUGCUAUCCUAGUGCACUACACACGUAAUUGGCACACUAGAAGGAAGCAGAAUGGGCGGAUCACAAUAUGUAUAACACUCGUGUUUGCAAUUACGAGAUCAUAAUUCAGACUUUGACAGCACAGAAUCUGUGAG